GUGAGAUUCCUCAGAGGGCAGUCCGUUUGAAACGAGGCGACAGUAGGAACUAAAAGCUGAUAUUUUCCAGUCCUGAACCGACAACGGUCCUCUAAAAACAACUUCAGUCUUAGCAGUAGCAGCCAGUCUUCUCGUGGUUUGGAGGCCGACGCCCAUCUCACUACCUAGAAGCCAUGGCAGAUGAAGCGGACAUGCGCAAUGAGCUGGAAAACCUGCAGGCGAAGGCAGAUCAGAUAGCCGAUGAGUCACUGGAGAGCACUCGGCGUAUGCUGGCCAUGGUGGAGGAGAGUAAAGAUGCUGGUAUCAGGACUCUGGUUAUGCUGGAUGAGCAGGGAGAGCAACUGGAGCGGAUCGAGGAGGGGAUGGACCAGAUCAAUAAGGACAUGAAGGAUGCAGAAAAGAAUUUGAACAAUCUAGGGUCUCUCUGUGGUCUUUGUUCGUGUCCCUGUAACAAGAUAAAAGGGGGAGGGCAGGCGUGGGGGGCCAACCAGGAUGGAGUGGUUAACAGUCAGCCAGGGGCCCGUGUGGUGGACGAACGUGAACAGAUGGCCAUCAGUGGAGGGUUCAUCCGCAGGGUAACUGAAGACGCCCGGGAGAAUGAGAUGGAUGAGAACCUGGAGCAGGUGGGCGGGAUCAUCGGUAACCUGCGUCACAUGGCCCUGGACAUGGGCAACGAGAUAGACACCCAGAACCGGCAGAUCGACAGGAUCAUGGACAAGGCUGAUUCCAACAAGACCAGGAUUGACGAGGCCAACCAGCGUGCCACAAAGAUGUUGGGCUAAACUGCAGCGACAACAUGCUUUCAACCCCCCCCCCCCCCCCCGAAACAUGCUUUUAUCAUGGCACUUUCUCAGACCCGCCCCCCUCCUCCUUCUCUUCUUCCUGUUGUAAAAUGUUGUUCUGUUGUCUUCUAUCUUUGGCUUUUAUUAAAAUGAUAGUCCUGGUUAGUCAUCUCGUCCUCUACCCCCCCCCCCCUAACCCCCAUUCUGUCUGUUCCUAAAGUUGUUCCUCCAUUAUGUCUCUCUUCCUAGUUGUUCCUCUACCCUCCAUUAUGCCUCCUCCUAGUUGUUCCUCUACCCUCCAUUAUGUCUCUCCUCCUAGUUGUUCCUCUACCCUCCAUUCUCUCUCUUCCUAGUUGUUCCUCUACCCUCCAUUCUGUCUCUCCUAGUUGUUCCUCUACCCUCCAUUCUGUCUCUCCUAGUUGUUCCUCUACCCUCCAUUCUGUCUCUCCUCCUAGUUGUUCCUCUACCCUCCAUUCUGUCUCUCCUAGUUGUUCCUCUACCCUCCAUUCUGUCUCUCCUCCUAGUUGUUCCUCUACCCUCCAUUCUGUCUCUCCUAGUUGUUCCUCUACCCUCCAUUCUGUCUCUCUCCCUAGUUGUUCGUCUACUCCCAAUUCUGUCUCUCCUCCUAGUUGUUCGUCUACUUCCCAUUCUGUCUCUCCUCCUAGUUGUUCGUCUACUUCCCAUUCUGUCUCUCCUCCUAGUUGUUCGUCUACUUCCCAUUCUGUCUCUCCUCCUAGUUGUUCGUCUACUUCCCAUUCUGUCUCUCCUCCUAGUUGUUCGUCUACUUCCCAUUCUGUCUCUCCUCCUAGUUGUUCGUCUACUUCCCAUUCUGUCUCUCCUUCUAGUUGUUCGUCUACUUCCCAUUCUGUCUCUCCUCCUAGUUGUUCGUCUACUUCCCAUUCUGUCUCUCUUCCUAGUUGUUCGUCUACUUCCCAUUCUGUCUCUCCUCCUAGUUGUUCGUCUACUUCCCAUUCUGUCUCUCUUCCUAGUUGUUCGUCUACUUCCCAUUCUGUCUCUCCUCCUAGUUGUUCGUCUACUUCCCAUUCUGUCUCUCCUCCUAGUUGUUCGUCUACUUCCCAUUUUGUCUCUCCUCCUAGUUGUUCGUCUACUUCCCAUUCUGUCUCUCUUCCUAGUUGUUCGUCUACUUCCCAUUCUGUCUCUCCUCCUAGUUGUUCGUCUACUUCCCAUUCUGUCUCUCUUCCUAGUUGUUCCUCUACCCUCCAUUCUGUCUCUCCUCCUAGUUGUUCGUCUACUUCCCAUUCUGUCUCUCCUCCUAGUUGUUCAUCUACCUCCCAUUCUGUCUCUCCUCCUAGUUGUUCAUCUACUUCCCAUUCUGUCUCUCCUCCUAGUUGUUCAUCUACCCUCCAUUCUGUCUCUCCUCCUAGUUGUUCCUCUACCCUCCGUUCUGUCUCUCCUAGUUGUUCCUCUACCCUCCAUUCUGUCUCUCUCCCUAGUUGUUUGUCUACUUCCAAUUCUGUCUCUCCUCCUAGUUGUUCGUCUACUUCCCAUUCUGUCUCUCCUCCUAGUUGUUCGUCU